AAAAAAAACCAAAAGUAUAUUUUUACAAUUUUUGCAUGGUGUACAGUCUGGAAAGUACCCAGAUGGCAAAUUUAAAAUUUUUUGCAUGUCGGGAAGUAUGCUAAACAUUUUGAACAGAUACACAUAAUCACAAAUUUCCCUUUUAUAUAUAUCCACUUGUGAUUUUUGGUCUACCUCAAUGCACUGUAGUUAAUGCACUGCAGUUACUAGAUUAUCUUAGUUUGCAUCUUUAUUGAGGGUGGUUGAUUUCACCUCGUCAUGGUCAGCCCCGCUUGGUCUUUGGUGGGUAGUUGUUGUUGUCUUCAUGCUUGAUGACUUGUAGCCACUCUAAGUCAACGCUGACGAAAAGAACACUUCCAUUGUCAAUGAUUUUGUUCGCAAGGUUUACUAACAAGUUUAACACUGGUGAGAACACACUCAUAGUGGUGUUUACACAGUAUCAUAAAAGUGUUUGUUGCAUUUAUUUUAAAUUCUCGUGGGUGUCAACUGUCCAUAAAAGAUGCAGUGUACACGAACUUAACUGCUGAGAAUUUCAUCAAGUGGAUAGUGUGUGGAGAGGCUCUUGAUUUGUUAGAGCAGCCGAGUGUGGUGUGUAUAUAUUCAUGCGUUUGUCAUGUGGGAGUAUAGUUUAUUGUUUAUGCAAACAAGUGAUAUUCACGUGGGGUUUUUAGUGUACGUGGCCAACUAGGUACAGAGCACAAUUGUACACCUAUGGUUGAGAGGUGUAGUUGUUUAUACAUUUUACUAGUCCUUUAACAUUAAAGCAAGUUCUAUUUUUGGCAAACACACAUUACCAGAGGCAUUGGCAUCAACCUCGUCUUGUAUUAUUCAGCUUGAACCGAGUACCGAUUGUCUUUCGUGUGUCAGCAUUACCACUGACCAUGACCUCACCAUCCUUUUGUGUUUUGCUAUGCUUUCAAUCAGUUCUGACUCGCAUUACAAGCCCUAAUGGACUAUCCAGAAUAUCUUCUCAAAAUUGGGAGUGCUGGUGCAAGACUUCAGCAUACUGCACAUCAAUCAACCAUUUCUAUGUGAACCAUCCGGAUCUGAAUUUGGCCCUAAAUUGCCACGGGAUGUCUCUGCCUACAAUAAGUGUAAUGCCUGAUGAGCUGUAUUUGAAAGAUAACCGAGUCUGGCACGGUGCUAGUCUGCACCACCCCUUGUAUAAUGGUACAGCACAAUAGUGGGCACUCGACAACCUUGUAUCCACAUCACUCCAGAUGGUUAUCUUUUGUCUUUGAGUUUCAAUGCAGCAGUCAGUUUGUGAGCGUGCGGGCCUGUGAUGCUAUAGUGUAGUGGAUAGCGAGCUGCACAACGAACCUUAACGGCUUGAGUUCGAUUUCCACUCAUCAACCAAUAUCAGCGGUGAAUAUCUGAGAAUAUAUUUUUGUCCUACCCUAGGUUGACUCAGCCUUAAAUGAAUAGCUGGCACCAUGUGGAAACAUCAGUUCUGUGGAGACGCAGGCUUCCUGUUGUAGUGCGCCAUACCAGCCUUCAUAUGUGCUUGCGAUCAACAUUAGCCUCAGCGGCUUGUUAAGGCUAUUUGUGGAUAUAUUUUUUUAUUUGUCUUUGUGGAGCUCAGUUAGUGGAUGAUAUAUAACAACAACAAAAAGUGGAGCGGAGUGUUAGCUGCUGAACUGGAGUUAUGAGUGCUUCUCUCGUGGCCACUCAGCAGCAGGUGUCGAGGUCACACUUGACGUCGCCGACGCCAAACCCGCAACACGUUUAUCUCUGACUGACCUCUGUUGGUGUGGGGCCCUUGACAAAUCGUACCAUGUGAAGGUCGUGGAACAUUGCUUCUGCACUGGGACUCCAAUGAAAAAAGCCGUGGGCCACAUGCCUCGGAAAGCGUGCAAGGGGGCGCCCGUGUGGUUUGAGUUUGAUGACGGGCUGUUGGCGCCAGGCGUGGUGCACAAGUCGUCGAGCGGGAACCGUCCCACAGUUGUGAGAAAUCUCCUCGACAACAAGCUUUACUCCAUCAUGGACCCAGGCACCCUGCGAGCACGGGAUCCGGGUGGGGAGGUGGGGAUAGAGGAUCUCACCCAGCUGGACGACCUGCACGAAGGAGCGAUCCUGCUGAACCUCAAGAAGCGAUACGACAGCGAGCACAUCUAUACGUACAUUGGGAGCAUCCUGCUGUCCCUGAACCCGUACCGUAUGUACGACAUCUACAGCUCGGAGGUGGUGCUGCUGUACGAGGGAAAGGCGAUGGGGGAUAAUCCGCCCCAUCUCUUUUCUAUUGCAAAUGCAGCCUACAUGAAGAUGGUUGAUGCCAAAGAAAAUCAGUGCAUUUUAAUAAGCGGAGAAAGCGGCUCGGGCAAGACGGAGGCCACCAAGCUGGUGCUGCGCUACGUGGCGGCGCUGAACCACACUCGCAAGGACAACAUCACCCAGCAGAUCUUGGAGGCAACUCCUCUGCUGGAGUCAUUUGGAAACGCCAAAACCAUGCGCAACGACAACUCCAGUCGCUUCGGCAAAUACAUCCAGCUCUUCAUGGAAGAUGGGGUGAUCAAUGGUGCCAUAACUUCCCAGUAUUUACUCGAGAAGUCAAGAAUUGUCUUUCAGGCCAAAAAUGAAAGGAACUACCACAUAUUCUACGAGCUGCUGGCAGGAUUGCCAUCGCAACAGAGGCAGAGGUACUACUUGCAAGACCCUGAGACCUACUACUACCUCAACCAGGGUGGUAAUUGUGAGAUCCCAGGAAAGCAUGAUGGGGAGGACUUCCGAAGACUCCUGAGUGCCCUGGAGAUCCUGACGUUCAGCACUGAUGAUCAGGCCACCAUCUUCAAGGUGCUCUCCUCCAUCCUGCACCUGGGUAACGUCUGCUUCGCUUGUCACGAGGUCGAUGGGCAGGAGGUGGCAUCGGUGGUGAGUGUGCGUGAGCUCCAGUCAGUCUCCGAGCUUCUGCAGAUCUCCCAGGAGGGCCUUCAAAAGGCCAUCACCUACAAGGUCACGGAGGCCAUGCGGGAGAAGAUAUACACGCCAUUGUCUGUGGAAAGUGCGAUUGACGCCAGAGAUGCCAUUGCCAAGAUCCUGUAUGCACAGCUCUUUGUCUGGCUCAUCAGCCACAUCAACCUGCUGGUGGCCCCCAGGCAGGAUGCCAAGUCCAUCGCCGUGCUCGACAUUUACGGCUUUGAGGAUCUGGCUAUGAAUAGCUUUGAGCAGCUGUGCAUUAAUUAUGCUAACGAGUACCUGCAAUACUUCUUCAAUCGCAUCAUCUUCAGACAAGAGCAGGAGGUGUACGAUCGGGAGCGCAUCAGCUGGAAGCACAUCACCUUCAACGACAACCAGGCGUGCCUGGACCUCAUCUCCCAGAAGCCGUACGGCAUCAUGCGCAUCCUGGAUGACCAGAGCGCGUUCCCGCAGGCCACGGACCAGACCUUCCUUCAAAAAUGUCACUACCACCACGGCAACAACCCUCUCUACUCCAAGCCCAAGAUGCCCCUGCCCGAGUUCACAAUUAAGCACUACGCCGGCAAGGUCACGUACCAGGUGCACAAAUUUUUGGAUAAAAACUUUGACCAAGUGCGACAGGAGGUGUUGGAGCUGCUCAUUCACAGCAAGUGCAAGCUCAUGUCCGAUCAGUUCCGGCAGCACCAGUCAGUGGCACAGGGCCGCAUGGGCAAGAACUGCAGCCUGGGCCGCAGAUACCAAGCCCCAACGGUGGCUGCCAAGUUCCAGCAGUCACUCAUGGAGCUCAUAGAGAAGAUGGAAAAGUGCAACCCAUUUUUUGUGCGUUGUAUAAAGCCAAACCAUAGAAAGGAGCCCGGUCUGUUUGACGCUGAGGUGGUCGGGGCUCAGCUGCUGUACCUGGGCAUCCUGGAGACCAUUCGCAUCCGCAAGGAGGGCUACCCAGUCAGGGUGCCGUUCCACACCUUCACCUGCCGAUACCAGACGUUAUUAUCAAGAGCGCUCGAUAUAAACGAUGGGACUCGUGUGCAUGUUUCAGCCUGUGAGGCAAGUGGGCUAAGCACUGGACUGUUCAGACGCUUUAACCCGAAUGCCACCCCAGCAGCAACAACGAUGCCCAGUGCGCUCCUCUGCCAGGGCUCUCACCGUGGUGUGUGCGCGCGCUUGGCGUUGGGCAGGUACAAGAUGCUGGUGGGCAGGAAGGAGGCUGUCGCGUCCGGCCGGGAGGGCUGUGUCACCAUCCUCAGCAAAAUCAGCAUCAAGAAGCGCGUGGAUGAGCCCUACCAAAUAGGCAUCAACCGGGUCUUCCUCAAGGAGAAGCUGCACCAGGCACUGGAGAGCAGGCGCGAACGCGUGCUGCACUGGGCGGCGGUCACCAUGCAGCGCUACGCGCGUGGCUUUGUGGCGCGCAGGCGCUACCACCGCAUGAGGUCCAAGGUGAUCCUCCUGCAGGCGCACAUCCGCGGCUACCAGGCCAGGUACCGCUACAAGAUGAUCCGCGAGGGCUUCAUCCGCCUGCGAGCCACGGUGCUGAUGUUCCUCUGCCGGAGACGUUACCUGAAGGCAAGGGACGACGAUCGGAGACGUGCAGAGAUGGAGGGUAAAUCUUGGAAGGCAGGGCCCAGGAGAGAGGGCGUGAAUGUGUCUCAGCUGGAGAUACCAGCCGAGCUUGCGGCCGUUCUGCAGGCCAGCCGCGAAUUGCAGCACGUGCACGAUGGCCACGUGGUCAUCACCUGCCAGCCGCCCAUCAGCCAGACCCUGCAGCCCACUCUUCCGCUCGACGUCAACAACUUCCCCUUCUCCAAGUUCGCCAGGAUUCACUUCAAGGAUCAGCAGUUUGGCGUGCUGACGUCGUCCCCGCGCUCACCCAUCACCCUGCUGGAGGAGGACCUGAGAUCCGAGGCCGUGGAGCUCCUCAAGCUGGUGAUGAGGUUCAUGGGCAGCUCUGACCUGGACUCCCUGCACGAGUUCCUCUUCGGCUGCUACGUGGUGCAGAGGGGCCUGGCGUGCGUGCGUCUGCGGGAUGAGCUGUUGUGCCAAUUGGCCAAUCAGACGUGGCACAACGAGCAACCCAGGGAAGAAGAGCAAGGGUGGCUGCUCAUGGCUGCCUGCCUUAGCUCCUUCUCGCCCUCGCCCCGACUGGAGAAGUACCUGCUCAAGUACGUGUCGGACCACGCGUAUAACGGAUAUCGCGCCACGUGCCAGCACAAGUUGCUGCAGGGAAUGUCCGCGAACUCCGUGGAGCCCGGAGCAUCACGCACCUUCCCGCCCUGCCUGCUCGAGUGGGUGGCCGCGAAGAACCACGCCGCCAUGGCCCUCGAGGUUGCCUGCCACAACGGUGAGACGCUGCUGUGCCCUGUGGAGUCAUGGACGACCGGGGAACAGCUCGGAGCCUCCAUCCUGCAGCGCAGGGGUGCGAGUGAGAGCUGCCGGGGUUGGUCGGUGAGCCUGCAGCAAGGUGCGCGGACGAACGAGCUGCCGGGUCACGAGCACGUGCUCGACCUCGUCUCUCACCUGGAGCUGCCGCCCUCCUUCCCAACACAGACGUGCAGCUUCCUGCCGCCCCAGCACAACAGCGGUCACGGCAAGGACUCGUCGGGUGGCAGUGCCUAUGAGACCGACGAGGACAUGCCCUUCCCACCCCGUGCCAAGGCACCCCCACACCCUCCUGCCAGCCUCUCCGACUCGGAUGGAUAUUUCUCCCGCCCCUACUCACCCGAAUCCGAGACAAACAGUGACCAGCGUUCCCAGAAGACUAUGGACCAGUACCUGGACAGCCUCUUUGACCCCGUGCUGUCAUUUGGCGCAGCGGACAUGGAACGCGCGGCGGCGCUCAACCGGCAGCUCAAGGGAGGCGGCAGGGUGGGUCCAGGUUCCAGCAGCCAGCCCAACCCACAGGCAGCGGGACCACCACCCCAGCAGACACCCGUUGGCUCUGUAGUGCAGGUGAUGCCAGGGGAGAUGGUCUCCCUACCUGGCAUACAGGCCAUGGUGAUGUCUCCUGACGUAAUGGCCCAACAGCAAGCCCUACUGCAACAGCAAGCCUACCUGCUGGCCCAGCAGAUGGCUCUCCAAAUGAUGUACCAACACAAGCCGGGCUCCGAGCCCAAUGCUGCCACCUCCAGCCCCGCGGCAGCGGGCGAUGGCAACAACGCAGCAUCUGGAGUUGCCGAGCAAUCAAGCUACCCGCAUCAGGAUGACGGAGAGUGGGAGGGGCGAAUGCGGCCCCUGCAGCCGAGCCGCGACUACCGGCCCGAGCCAACACAAAACAUCCGCAACAUCAUCAAGGAGUUCCACACUCAGCCAGCCAGCACGCUGACGCCGCCCGCUGAGCCACAGUCCGCUCUCGCGCGAAGAGGAACGGGAAAGGCGUUUGUGAAGAAGCCCGAUCCACAUAUGGAGGCCAUGGCGAUCCUACAGAUGAAGCCUCGAGCACCAGACCUGCGUGUGAGCAACAUCCACUCACCGUUUAGACGUUGGGAUGUGGUCAUGCUCUGCAGCGGAAGAGGUCACAGAUCGCAGAAGCGAGAGCGGCUUUGGGCUCACGAGACGACCCCCCCGGCCUUUAAGCCUCCUCCCCCGCCCUUCAGCGACUCUCGACGCUCAUUGAAAACAAAGCGCGGCGUCUCUGUGAGGUUUGGAACUGAGACCAUUAUCAACAGAGAAGAAGAUUCAGGAUUGGGUCCCAUUGAGCCUGAGGAAGAGCGAGUAGAGACUCAGCUGCACCAGCUGCCCACCGACCACACGUACAUCUACAGCAAAGUGCCCUGGAAAAUCCUCCUUCGCAAGGAGGUGUUCUACCCCAAAGAGAGCCUCAACAACCCCAUGGUGGUGAAUCUCCUCUUCAAACAGGUUGUCCACGACACGUUCGCCGGGACGUGCUUGCGCAUCACUCCUGGUGAGCGCGAGAAGAUGAAGAGCAUGCUGGCGGACUGCCGUGUGGGCCCGGAUGCCAGUUCCGCUGACGAGCUGCUGAAGAAGAGGGUCAUCAUGGCUGCGAGGGACAACUGGGCCACAUACUUCGCUCGUCUCUUCCCUGCGACGGGCAGCGCAGGCACUGAGGUGCAGAUGCUGGGCGUCUCGCACAAGGGGGUGAAGUUGCUGGUGCCGCACCGAGCGCGCCCCUCCGACCCGCCGCAGCUGCGUGUGCUGCACAGCUACAGCUAUGCGGAUGUGCUGUUUGUGACGCUGCUGGACGCAAAGACGCUGGAGUUCAUGCUGUCCCGCGACAAGCUGCUUCUCUUCUCUCCCAAGGCGGUCCACGUCAAGGCCAUGGUCGACCACUUCAUCACCGAGCUCAAGAAGGACUCUAACUACGUGGUCGCGGUGAGGAGCUACUCCACGGAGGACCGGAGCCUCCUCAGUUUCCACAAGGGAGACCUCAUCAGGCUGCUGCCCCUGGAUGGGCUGGAGCCAGGCUGGCGCUUUGGCAUGAGGAACGGGCGCUCGGGACUCUUCCCUGCUGAGUACGUGACACCGGCCGCUCCACCGGAAUACGAGCAUCUGUCUGACCGGCCUACAGGCGUGCUUAGUGCUGCCGGGAGCAACGUGGCCGAUCUCGACCGUGGAACUGAGACAUCGUCAGUGGCCAGCGAGUACACGGACAGCUUGGACGACUGCGUGAGCGUUGCCUCGGAAGACGGAGGCUACACGAUGCUCGAUUUCGCCAAGAAGUUCUUCCGAGAGGCACAGGCAAACCAAAAUGGAGCGCGCGGAAAACUGCGGAAAGAAAAGGCUCCCACGGACCCCUCCGAGAUGGUCAAGUACACCAAGUCUCCCAUCCAGGAGUCUCUGAUUCACUCACAAGACCCCAAGUUCAACAAGCUGGCUGUGGAGGCCUUCCUUGCUGUGAUGAAGUUCAUGGGUGACUACCCACUGAAGGGCCAAGGGGAGGUGGACAGUGUCUUCUCCCUACUCAAGUUCAGUGAGAAUCAGCCGGAGAUGCGCGAUGAGAUUUACUGCCACAUCGUGAAGCAGAUCACCAGCAACAAGAGCCCCAAGCCGGACAGCUGCCAUCGGGGCUGGAGGCUGCUGUACAUUGUGACGGCGUACAGCAAGUGUUCCGACAACCUGAAGCCGUACUUGCUGCGUUACCUCCGCGAGGUGGCCAACGACAGCAAAGCCAGCUUCCAGGGGAUGGCGCGAGUGUGUGAACAGCACCUGCGGCGCACGCUGCAGGUGGGCGGGCGCACUCAGCUGCCGUCCAGCAUGGAGCUCAAGGCCUUGGUGGCCGGGAGAAACUCCAAGCGGCAGCUCAUCCUCCUCCCAGGAGCCAUUGAGCGCCACGUGAAAAUCAAGACCAAUUCGACUGUGCAGGAUGUGAUUGAGGAGAUCUGCCAGGAGAUGGGGCUCCAUAGGCAGGAGGCCCAGGAGGAGUUUGCCAUCUUCCUUGUCACCAACAGAGGGGAGUCGGUGCGACCUCUCCAGAAGAAGGAAUACAUCCUUGACGUUUCGUCCGAGGCCGAGAAGGUGGACGAAAUGCACCGGUUCUGGUUCCGCCGUAUCGUGUGGGUGCGACCGCUCAAGUUCGACAAUGAGCUCUACAUCAGCAUGCACUUCAACCAGAUCCUGCCCGAGUACAUGAAUGGUCUGUUCCUGGUGCUGACCGCGGGCCGCAUCGACGAUCAGCUCACGCAGCAGGUGGCCAAGCUGGCGGCCCUGCAGCACCGCAUCAAAGGCAGCGAUUACCAGCCCACGCAGCGUGAGGUCGGGGAAUACAUCCCGGCUCAGGUGCUGCGAAUGCAGCGGCCUCAGUCAUGGCUUGGUGUGGUCCUGCAGCACUCUGCACAGGUGCAGGCGUUGUCUGCACAUCAAGCUCGAGCGCAGUUCAUGGGACUUGCAAGCGCCCUCCCACUCUUCGGGUCGGCAUUCUUCUUCGUCCAGAGCAGCAGCAACACGGCCAUCACCACCCCGUGCAUCUUGGCCGUUAACCAGCAGGGGCUGAGCUUCCUCAACAGCAUCACUCACGAGGUGCUGGUGAGCUUCCCCAUGCAGGAGGUGCAGUCGACGCGCACGCAGCGUCCCACACAGGGCGAGACCAUCCCCUACGUGGAGAUCAUGCUGGGCAACCUCAUGUCGCAACGCAUCAUGCAGCUGCAGCUGCAGCAGGGCAUGGAGCUGUGCCGGGUGAUCGCCAUGCACCAGGAAAUCCUCCUUGCUGCUCGGGAGAAGCGACACAGCCUCCCGCCAAGUGACAUCACCAUCCUCUAAAGCCGCGUUCACACGACUCACUUGCAUCCGGAACAACCAUGGAGACUCACCGUGUACGAGCAUCCACACCUGCUUAGCAAUGCCACCAGACCAUGCAAGCAGUCGCCUGUGCACUCGAAUCGGAGGACAGGGACCCUUAAUUGGCCGGCGAGGUCUGUGAUGUGAGACGACAACGUGGGGCAGGCUGAGGUGGGAGUUUGGGCGGCUGAUGAAAGGAAAAGAAAAUGGCAACUGCAGAGAACUCUGGGGCUGCUUGCUGGUGUUAUUGGUGUGGGAGUCAUCCGACACGUAACAAACAUAAUUAGACAACACACCACAAAAACGAUAACAUACAACAAAAUCGUAUAAAAUAAAACCAACUGACACAAUACAAUAAUUACACAAUAUACUGUACCUGUAUAAUAAAAUGAGGAAUGAAACACCAAAAAUAAAAGAAUCAUCCAAGUACUCAUUUGGACUUCCAAUGCCAUCCAUGCAUCAUUACCUGUGCACAGCAUUGGUUGGAUUGCUGACUUUGUAGAUGGGAAGCAUGCUGGCCGGGCGGUCUGGUUACCCGUCUGGUUUAGUUAGUCUGGAUACCCUCAGAUGAUGUAAACUCGGCCUGAGAAUUCACAACCCUGGCACAUUACUGCAACCAUAAGCAUUCUAACCCAAAAUAACCAUUUGCAUCAUUAUGGAAAAUAUAAAGAACAAAAUAGAUAUACGCAGGCAAUAUUUAUCCUUCAUAUUAUCCGUCUCUUAUCAUAAAAAAAUAAAAGUAUAUCUAAGACAACCCUUCAAUCCAACAGAUUUCUGGGAGUGCUAAAUUUCAGGAGCAUUGUUCAGUACGUACAAAUGGUGGACCGGAUUCAACAUUCGGUGCUUUAUCAGGAGAGUCAGGACUGCUUGAAUUAAUGCUGGUAAAUUGCCAGAUGUAUAGGUUGUGUUGGUGUUUCCCACAAAGAACUGUUAGUGGAACCUCAAAGUCACCUUUCAACUACAUUGAAAUUGAUAAUGUAAUGACUGGUUGGCUGAGCUUACGCUAUGGCCUUAUUCGCGUAUAGAGUCUGCAUCACUGAGAUCUUCCGUUAGAACCCUGAGCUUUUCAGGUGCAAUCAGACCAGAUUGGCAUAUAUAUCGUGAGUUUGAUAAACAUCAGCCUGGUCAGUGAUAGCUGUGCACUUUAACCAUCAAGUACAUUGGAAGUUGCACUCAAUUUGGUAUGACCCAACUUAAAUAUCGACGUAGGAAGCACACAAUUUGUCUACUUAAAUAUCCAGUGGGUGCUGGUAAGGGGGGUCUAUUAAAGGAGGAAUGUUGUAGCGAAGGAAAGUACAGUAAAUAUACUUUGUCUCUUCCAAGGCCAUUCCACCAUAACAUUCAGCACAGAGCUGUGAUUGGGGAGUUCUGUGCCUUGCAGUGGCAUUGCUGGGCCUCAUGCCUUGAUGCCGAUAAUAUGUAUUUAUCACAAGUAGGGUUGGCACUUGACCCCUGGUCUAUGAUACGUGUUUAUUUUGUGAACACUCGUGUCAUUCUAGUCAUUGACUUGUGUAGGUAAUAUACAAAGAGUGGUGUAAAUUGGAUGCGUGCACAAAUGAUAAAAGGUAAUGCAACUGGAUUUUCCAUUAUACUCUUUGGGUCUUUCGGUUCAAGUCACGUAAAUAGAAAAUAAUAGAUCACAACAUUUCGAUCGCAACACAAGCAAUCGUCUUCCUGCAGUCACAAAAGCUUUAAAUCAGGAUUUCAGAUUGCCAUGAUAAAACUACAUUAACUUGUAUGGCCAGAAUACUACAAUAUUGAAGCAAUUUUGACACCAGAUAAUUUUAAUAAGGUCAGAGUUUAAAGAUUUUAAAGCGUUUUUAAGAUUUUAAACUAAAAUAAUUUUUACAGUUUCCAUGACUAAUCCCCUAACUCAGUGCACUUAUAAAUUGUAUAAUAUUCAAAUCAAGCCCUGUUACAAUGGUGCAAUGAUUUAAUGUGCUUGCUCAUUCAAAACCAUGUUGACUUCCUCUGGGGCUCGAGUUUCACGAUGUCGUCUUUAAAAUGUUAUUUAAGUGGUGUAUUAGGACUGUUAAAUAGUAGGAUAUGCAGCAGGGAAUGCUUCUGUCGGUUUAAUUAGAGAACGUCAUUUCUAAAGCUAUUUAUUAGUCCUACAGUCAAUAAUUGCUGUGGGAAUCUGCUGCCCGUUUCAUCAAAACAUUCGUUGAUAGUUAUCUUAAACAAUCCCACAGGAAUUAAAAGCUGAAUGCAUAAUUGCCAUUAUGCGUUUUAAACACCACAAUGAUGCUCACCUACACGGAAACAGAAAUUUAUUUAAUUUCAGAAAAUUUGGUUUGGGGCCGAUGAGUUGGCCAAUACGAAAUAUGGCAAUGAUCUCAGCCCAGUCACCAGUCCAUUCGCUGAUUCAUUGUCCUUCAAUACAAGAAUUUCCAAGGCAUACCUGAAUUACUGUUUUAUACCUGAAAAGUUAUUAAUUUAACACAUUGAAAGAAAUGCUUUCAUACUGGAACACAAUAGCUUACUUUAUCAUAUUAUUGUCCUCUGUGCUGUAGAUACGUGCUUUGGUAAUUUAGUUCUUUACUGUAAUUCCCCACAAGAUGAGAACUUAAUCCAUGUAAACUGUCUCAGUGGCAUGCAUGCUGACCAAACGGCUAUCCAGCCACCUGAUGUAGGCUGCUAUUUCCAGCAUGCCCUGUAUAAUAGGUUUUGAUUUCUGCAGACGACUGUGCCAUGCCUUCACCAACUUGUGGAUGCUGUGUCACUGAGUGUCACUUAAUUUUCAUGGCUAUGCCAUUUUUCCUGUAUACUAUGAACGUCAAGCUUAAAGUAAAGUAUGAAAGUGUGUUGCAUGCUUUUAAAAUGGAUACUGCUUUGUUGUGCAAACCUUGGAUAUUCUUUUCACUAAAAAGGGAAUGACUAGUGUGACGAUCUGUUUUUACAUAAAUGCAUUUUCAUGAUUUCAUGCAAAUAUCACUUACAUUUACUUGCUAUAUUCAUAAAGUAAACGCAGCUCAUUGCUACAUUUAAUCUAUUAAAAUAAUUCUAUCAUUAUGGGAUAUGAGGAAAACUCUUUGUUACCUUGUAAAACUAACCAAAGCGUAUUUACAGGAUUUAUACAGCACCCUUACCUAGCUGCCAGCUAGAAAGUAUUGGGGGUUUCCCCAUGAUUUAUUGCAACAAACUCUUUACAUCUCAGACAUUUUAGUGUACUCUAAUACUUUCUGUUGUGCCUUGAAUACAUUUUUUUUUCUAGCUGCCAGGAAUCUGCAAUGAAUGGUGAGGAUAAUAUAUUUUAUUUAUACCGAGUCUUGUCUUUGUUUUUCAAAUGUGUUUAAAAGUUAUCAUUGAACAGUGAUUAGUACAUUGAAGUGUGGUUUUCCGGAUUGGGUUACAUGUAAUAAUAAUUUACAUUUGUAAGUCAAAUUCCAAGAUGCGCCAUUUAUUCUCUCAACAAAAAUUGGACUGGUUGACGAGAGCUUUGAGAUGUGUCACUACGUGCAAGAUACCCUUUCAGAGUGGCAUUUGCCGACUAAGUAAAGUGAAAGAAGCUCUUUACUCAAUUGAUCCCUUCAGGUGCUGAAGGUGCCCGCAGCAAUGUGGGUGAACGCUUGAGAGAAGAAAUGCAGCUCAACCCAGAAAACAACACUUGGAUUGAUUUACGUUCAGCCCUGUGAACAUAUGGUUGUGUGUGCUGAAUGGAGAUUGGGCUACAUUUGUGUUUGAUGAAAAUGUUUAUCUGCUACAAAAUAAGGUUACCCAACGCAGCCACAAUUGAUUAAGGGGCUGCAUAUGCACCGAGACUAGUUUGCUGGCAGAGAGUUAUAAACAUGUUUCGUGGCAUGCCAAAUACAUUAUUUAGAACUUCUACAGGUAGUCGUUUAUUUAGACAGAUUCCAAGGUUGCAAAAUGCAACUUUAAAUUAUAAAACAAAAUUACAGCAUGAAGAAGGUUUAGGCACAGAUGUAGCCACAUGACCUGAUAAUUUAUAUUGGUUGUGUGCAUUGUGUGUCUUUGUGUGGCUGGUCCGAGUUCCUAGGAAUGUGGCUGUCAUGAGUGGCAACUGAAUGGGAUUUUAUAUUCCCCACACAGAUCCCAUAGGAUAUGUAUAAACACUCGUUAAUUGGCUGAAAAGAUCUCAAUAUAUGCACCGUUCGUGUUUGCGGAUUGCAUUGCGUUGUGAGAUGCAGUUUGCAUGGAUGACGCUGUAUUUAAUAACACGAAUUCACGAAAUGCAUUUUGCUGCAUGUGUUUACAAUAUAGAAUAAUGAUGAACACUAGCAUGCGGAGUAAAUAUGUAAACUUGCGUUUUUACAUUUUUUACUUUUUUGACAUUACAUUUUAUUGCGACUUAAGAAUGCAUGCAGCUUAUAGACAAAAAACGAAUAUAUCAGCAACUAUUAAAGUAAAGUCCUGUAACCGUGAGUGCAAUAAAUUUGUAAUAUUCAUGAAUAAUAUAACAUUAUUGUAGAAUAGAUUUACAGGUACACGAGGUUUUAGAAUUCAUAUUACACGAUACUGUCAUGUAUUUCGUAGUGUAGGUGCAGUUAAAAUGAGUAAUAAACACGACACCUUUCAGCCAGUCAGUAGAAAUGUAUAGUUGUUUUGUAUACAGUGGAACCUCACUAAAAGAAAGUUUUAAAUAACAAUUAUUUUAUUUCAUACACUCGUCGGAGGUGUGUGUUUUUUUAGCGUUUUUAUUAUCGGAAGUUAUUUUUUUAUGUAAAUAUGUCCAUGAAAACAAUACAUAUUAAUAAGCUGCAGGAUUGCAGGUAUAGCUAACUUUAGUUGCCUAAGAAUGUAUGGAAAUGUAGUAUAAAUAGAAUGUUACUCAUUCGUUUCUUUUUGCAAUGACAUCACCACUGUUACAAUGUUGCAUUGUGUGUGGCACACAAGUAUAGAAAAAUUAAGGAAAAGGCCAAACACAGCUUGUUGUAAUGUUAGCGGUGUUUAACUGUAUUUAGUAAAAAAAAACCUGUUAAAUUGUAUUUUAACAACACUAUUUAAUUAGCUGAUCAAGUACAGUAUAGGGACUACUGUAGUUUAUAUCAGCUGGUAAUUCCCAUUAACCACGUUUAUGCUUCGUGUUGUAAUGAGGUUCUGCUGUAUGUGCAGUUACAUCUCAGGCUGUUCUCCCUUAUUUGAAAAUAAACGUGUAUCUGUGAAAA